UUUUUAUGGAAAACAGCCACGCAAUUAAUGCAGUUUUCUGAGUGAAACGAGUACCCAACGAAGUGUGCUACUCAGAAGAUCUUUGUCGUACUGUCCAUUAUAUUUGAUUAGGCUUUAUUGCCGUAUAUUGUUAAAUAAAAAUGGCUGAAAAGGUGCAGUACCACUUGGAGCUGUCUGUUCCUGAAUUGGAGGACCUUUCAAAGAAGAAAAUCUUCAACAAGGCAGAACUUACAGCAAUUGUGAAAAAACGUACUCAGUUUGAACAGUCUUUGGCCAGAAGACAAGUUAAACUUGCUGAUUACUUAAAGUACAUUCAGUUUGAAAUGAACGUUGAGGAACUCAGAAAGAAACGGCAUAGACGUUUGCAAAUCAAGGGAAAGGCAACCGUCAGUGACUACGCGGGACCUAGACGCAUAAUGUAUUUGUUUUUCUGCGCUACUAACCGUUUUUUUGGUGACAUUGCUCUUUGGGUUGACUAUAUUCGAUAUGCUCAACGUAUCCAAGCAUACCAUCAUGCUGGAAAACUCUGUGCACUGGCUCUUCAGAAGCAUCCAAAUAACAUCAUGUUGUGGAUGCUUGCAUGUGAUCAUGAGUUUUCGUUGAAUGCCAAUAUGGAGUCUGCUCGUGUAUUAAUGCAACGUGGACUUCGCUUAAACAACGAUUCUCCGGAUCUUUGGGCUGCCUAUUUCCGUGUUGAGCUAGCUUAUUUGGCCAAAUUGUACGCCCGUGAACAGCUCUUGCUUGCACCGGUUGCUUCCGAUGAAAAUAAAGAAAAAGACAAUGCGGAAGAGGGCGAGGACAAUGAUGCAGAUCACAUUAAGCUUCCUUCUGUGUCUGUGGAAGAAUACCGCAACGAUUCUAAAAAUGAUAUGCCUUCCGUAGCUGACGAGCUUCCGGCUACAACUACGGACAGUGAAAGACAUGCUGCGUUUGUGAAUGUCUUUUUAACCAUCAUUAAAAGUGCGCGCACCAGCUUGAGUCUGGUUGGUUGGGCUCAAUUUUUGAUUUCCAUCACGGAUGUUUUGAUCGAGAGCCAGUUAUUGCCUGUGGCUAGGGAACUACUCGAAAAGCACGCUGCUCCCAUGAUAUCCGAGACACUUGGCACGUGUGUUGCAGAGAAGCAACCUUUCAGAAAAUUCGGUGAGUUAAUGCACCGCUAUGUGCUAUAUCCUUUGUACUCAAAAAUUGACACCGUGUAUCCUUUUGAAAGCAAGACUAAAUUUUUGAGCCCAGAACACGUAGACAUGAAAAAGUUGGUUUUGUCGCGUUUGUCCAGUCCAUCAAUUGCUGAUGCAUUGAGCGAGUGCUUAAACCGCUACACAGAGUGCGCUCAAAAUGCAAUGGUGGCUUCCAUUGUUCGUGCUGAAUAUAUUCGGCUCUUCAUUCAUACGCUUGCGGCUCUUGCAAGCUUGGGCAUCAAUAGCACAUUGCAAUUGGUGUUUGACACAAUUCAGCAGGAUGCAUUCCAGCAGCUUACGCGAAUCGCUGGCGUCACGAUGGAUGACCAUCUCCAAACCCUGCAUCGUCAAUUACAAGCGCGUCUUCAUCCUGAGACAAUUGCGCAGUCCUCUGCUUCUCAAGGCUCAAUUUCUGUAAAUUAAAAAAGUUAGAUAUAAGACGGAUUUUUUGUUUUUUUAUAAAAUAGACUUCAGGUUAAGUGGGAAGAUAAUGAAGGGUAUUGGCUUUUUG